AUAUAUGACACAUAUAUAUAUAUAAAUAAAGCAGGAUAGGAACAAAGGAAAGGAAGGUGACAUCAUGGUCUUUAAAUGCCAGGAGGACAGCUUUUUGAAGCAGUACACCACAAAAAUUGUAUCAUGCGAGUAUGCCACCCAAGAUCGGGUGGCCACCGAUGUGGACAUAGCAACAGGUGGUGAUGUCUGUCCAGUUCGUGGCUUCAAUGUUGUGUGCGAGGACACCAUACUCUUCCCCGAAGGUGGUGGACAGCCCUGUGAUUACGGCACUAUUAAUGGAAUGCCAGUGCGGAGUGUGCUGAGGAAGGGAAACACUGCAGUGCACUUCGUGGAGUCUGGCACAAGUUUCGAGGAGGGAGCCGAGGUGCACCAGAGCCUUGACUGGGAUCGCCGUCUCGACCACAUGCAGCAACAUUCCGGCCAGCAUCUGAUCACGGCUCUGUUCGAUCGCGAGUUCAAGUACGACACUACUUCCUGGUCGCUUGGGUCGAACGUCUCCUACAUUCAGCUGAAUACGCCGCACCUGAUCAGCCGCGAGUCCCUGGACCUAAUCGAGCGGCAGGCCAACGAAUUGAUCCGCGAGGGACGACCGGUCAGCGUGGUGCUUGUCGAUCCCGAGGUGGAUCAGGAGUUUCAGGAUGCGCGUGCUCCUCGCGGCCUACCCAAGGACCACGAGGGCCUAGCAAGGGUGGUGCGCAUCGAGGGCAUUGAGAGCAACAUGUGCUGCGGCACCCACGUCACCGACCUAUCCCAGCUGCAGUGCAUCAAACUGCUCUUUGCGGAAAAGGUCAAGACCAAUGUCCUGGUCAACUUCGUGGUUGGUGAGCGAGUGCUGCGUAAGCUUGGCGAAGUCUUUCAGAGGGAGCAGCAACUAACUGCAACCCUGAAGGGUGGCGCUCAGCAGCAUUUGGAGCUUGCACAGAAGCUGCAGCAGAAUGUGAAGGCCACUCGGAAGUCGUUCUUGCAACUGCUCAAGGAUUUUGCUACUGUCGAGGCGGAGCGACUAGACGAUCUGAGCAUGGCCGAGCGUCCCAAGUACUUUUCCCUUCAUCGUCGGGACGGCAUUGAGGUUGACUUCAUUCACACGUUUCUACGACACGCGCCCGAAGAGAUAUUCUACUUCCUCACAGUGUCAGAGGGCGUUGCAGCCGGCAGCAGUGCAAAAGGUCACCUGGUGCUGCGCGGUGAGCCCGCGCUGGUACAGGAGAUUGGACCAAAAUUUCUCGAGCUGCUCGAGGGCAAGGGCAAUGGGAAGGAGGGCAGUUUCCAGGGCAAGAUCAACAAUCUGACCAAGCUGCCGGAAUGUAUUGAGUUGCUCGAGAGUCACUUCAAGCCAAAGAAACCGAUAGAACCGAAACCAGUCAGUGGCUCGUAAACCCACAGAUUCUUUGCUUUGUAACAUGUAUUUAUUCUUUCAUAAAUGCUCAUUUAGUCAGUUCUACAAAGCAACGAACAAUUUCAUAUUAAAGCUAACUAACCA